AUGACGAAGUCUCCAAAGUUCGUUUUCUAUCUGACGUGUUUGCUCUCGGGGCAAAUAGAUGAGUUGUCUUAGAUGAAUAACUUAAUUCUGUCCACAACUGUUCAUCAAGACAGUGGAUUUAUAUUAGUUAAUGUUGGUGACAACUAAACUUUGGGGUUUUUCUAUGUCAGUAAUAUUAGAAUGUAUUACUGAUUCAAACAAACACUGGGACAGGAGCCACAAUUCAUCUGUACGACCUACAAGUUUUCUAAAGGCACUUCUCAUGGUGAAUUUAAGGACAAUCCACGCUUCACAUUGGAAACUAAUGACAGUUUGACUCAGCUAAAAAUUUCAGAUGUACAACUUUCAGACUCAGCUAAUAAUUACUGUUCAAGACGUCACUCAUUUACAUUAGAAUUCAUGGAGAGUGUCACUGUCAGUGUAAAGGGUUCAGGGUUGAACAUCCAGGCUCGGGUCCAUCAGUUGGCAUCUGAGACCGUCCAGCCAGGAGUCUCUGCGACCCUCAGCUGCACAGUUCAAAACGGGACCCGCGAUGGAGAACACAGCGUUUACUGGUUCAAGAACUCUGAAGAGCCUCACCCAGGACUCAUUUUCACCCAUGGAUACAGCGUAAAAAAUAUUGAGUAA